UAUGCUGAUGAGGCUUCGUGUGGGGGCAGUGAGGGGCCGAUGUGCACGUUGUGUAUGUCGGGAAGAAGGGAGGGAUGCGCCGGGUAUGCAUCCCCCUAGGGAGUGGAGUCCAGAGGGACGAUCGCCAGCUCAGCAGCGGGCACUUGACGGGAACAAAAGGGAACCCCGGGAGAUCGGGGGAAAGCAGAAGUCAGAGUAGUUGGGUUUAGGUAACACUCACCCGUACAGUAGUCAGCCUUGCACGUGAGCUCUUGGUUAGCUAGCGAGCCAGACACCGCUGUAUAUCUCCCUCAUCAUCUGAUCAGCCAAAACAUAUACCUUUGACAAUGACAGAAACACACUGACAGUGGCGAUUUCAAUACCUGUACCCAAAAUACCCAUCACAACUGACGUUCAUUUAUAUAGUCCUUCCUUGCUCCCCAGUCAGCUUUCAAAACCAUCUCCUGGUUGUCGAUGGUUCUGUACAGCUUCUAUUAUCGCCAGUAGAUAGUGAUUGGACGCAACGAGGAGCACGCUGAUAAGGCACUGCUACUGAAUUCAGAUUACCCAACAGAACUUUGCGGAGAGAAUAUAUCAAUUGUCGACACUCUAAACCACCGCGACUUUUAACCCAGCCGCACAUUUCAGAGGCAAAUCUUCUCUCAAUCUACAUUUUCCCUCUCUUAUUUUACUCCAUCGCAUAAACCAAUCUGCACGAUGAAGCAACAGACCGCUCGUCCCAUGAGCCAGUAAUCAGACAGCCGACAAGUGGCCGUGGAGUCUCCCUGAGCAGCCCGCUCGAGACCGCAUGCGAGCUUGUAAGCAUCCCGUACGGACCCACUUCAAGCCCAGCCAGCUUCAGCGAACGUACCAGGGCGCAUCCAACUCUCCAAACGCUCACCUCUCACCACGCCCGCGGUUCACCGAGCCAAAAGGCCGCCGUACCCCUGUGUCUCCCAGCAGACCCAAUUGCUGAUACAGCAAACGACACAUUAGGGACCUAACACCAGCGCUUCUCGCUUCAUCAUCUUCUCUUCAACCAAAACCACUCGGCAUUAAUUGUUCAGAAUAAUAAUCACCAUCUCCCACAGCCAUCAUCUCUUUCUGAUAAACAAGCGAUUAUCUGCCUCUCUUGCCCAAUUCCCCCCACAAUUUUAAAGGAACAUUAUACGCUUUGAUCUGAGCUUGUUUGUCAUCGUGGUUACAUCGUGAUACUGUUUCAGAUACCCUGUUUUGAUAAACACAUGUUCGGGAUCCAGGAUUCAUUGACGAGGGGUUCUACCAACCUCAAAGAGGAACCAAUAAUCACGGCGGAGGUCGGAUCGGCUGCCGUUAGAGUCGGCUGGAUGCAGCCAACCAUGGUGGAUCAAAGUGCCAGUUCGUGUGGGAUGGCCCGAGCACACUUCGAGAAACAACCCCCGAGUAAUUUACGAAAGAGUAACUUCUUCCAUUUCGUGAUCGCGCUCUACGACCGAGCAGGUCAACCCAUCGAAGUCGAGAGGACAUCCUUCGUUGAUUUCAUCGAAAAAGAAAGGGAGCCAGACGCAACGAAGACAAACAAUGGCAUUCACUACCGUAUACAAAUGUUAUUUCACAAUGGAGUGCGAACGGAGCAGGAUCUCUAUGUGCGACUCAUCGACUCUAUGACGAAACAGGCCAUCAUAUAUGAAGGACAGGACAAGAAUCCAGAGAUGUGUCGUGUGCUACUCACUCACGAAAUCAUGUGCAGCCGCUGCUGUGACAAGAAAAGCUGUGGCAAUAGAAACGAGACUCCAUCUGAUCCGGUAAUCAUCGACAGGUAUGUCGCAAUAAACCCCUCUUACCCGAGUGAUGUGCGAGAAAAGAGAAGUCGGAUUUUGUUGAUUGGUGUUGGAUGAUUUUCAGAGUAAUGUUGGUCCAGAAAUAAGCGUGAUAGUAUUGUUUGGAAAGCUAGAAUUAAGCAGGAUCAUGUUUAUCACGCCAA